CUCUCCCCAGCUCCGCCCUAGAGCUGCUCCCUCCCACUUUACUACAGGCGGCUGAAGCCGGGGCCGUCUCGCCACACGGGAGGGAGUACGCUAGCCCGGCACGACCCCGCCCGCAGCUCCCGCCCUUGCCUCGUAGACAGCAACCCAGCGACUGCCUCAGAGACGACGACGUCGCCGCAGCCGGUCCCGGCUUGUUUGGAACACCCGGACGGGGCGGGGAUGCUGCUCUCCAAGAUCAACUCACUGGCCCACCUGUGCUCGGCGCCCGGCGGGGAUCUGCACCCGGUCAAGCCCCUGUCAGGGAAAGAAAAGGAACCUCUGGAGAAGCUGUACCAGGUGGGCCCGCUGCUAGGCAGUGGCGGCUUCGGCUCGGUCUACUCGGGCACCCGGCUGGCAGAUGGAGCUCUGGUGGCCAUCAAGCAUGUGUCCCGGGACCGGGUUUCCGAAUGGGGAGAACUGCCUAGUGGGACUAGGGUACCCAUGGAGAUCUUGCUCCUGAAGAAGGUUGGCUCUGGCUUUCGGGGAGUAAUCCGUCUCCUGGACUGGUUUGAGAGGCCGGACAGUUUUAUUUUGGUUUUGGAACGGCCUGAUCCUGUGCAAGAUCUCUUUGACUUCAUCACAGAGAGAGGGGCUCUGCCUGAGGAUUUGGCUCGCAGCUUUUUCCGUCAGGUUUUGGAAGCAGUUCGACACUGCCACAGCUGUGGUGUUCUACACCGGGAUAUCAAGGACGAGAAUAUCUUGAUUGACCUGAGCAGUGGAGAGCUCAAACUUAUAGACUUUGGAUCUGGAGCAUUGCUCAAGGACACAGUGUACACUGACUUUGAUGGUACUCGUGUAUAUAGUCCUCCAGAAUGGAUUCGCUAUCACAGGUAUCAUGGCAGAUCUGCUGCUGUCUGGUCACUUGGAGUAUUGCUGUAUGACAUGGUCUGUGGUGAUAUCCCCUUUGAACAUGAUGAGGAGAUCGUAAGGGGCCAAGUCUAUUUUCGGCAAAGGAUUUCUCCAGAGUGCCAGCAUCUCAUUAAGUGGUGUUUAGCUCUGAGGCCUUCUGACAGGCCAUCCUUUGAAGACCUUCUGAACCAUUCUUGGAUGCAAGAUGUUCUCAUGCCUCAGGAAACAGCCGAGAUCCACUUACACAGUCUAAUUCAAGAGUCUAGCAAAUAGCAGUGUCUCAUCCUGCUGGGUGCAAAACAAUUCUGUCCUACUGAGUCUGGCUGAGUGGGGAGUUUUACAGGAAUACUAUCAUCUCAUUGCAGACUCAGGUUGCCUCAAGACUUGCAAGCCUGAAGAAAUGCAUCUCUCCUGGCAGAGUGGACUUUAACUCCUUGGGUCCCACUUUGCAAACCUCCUUGUCGCUACAUAACUUGAGCAAGUCCAUGAGUGUUCGCAACCUGCUGAAUCCUAGAAUAUGAAAUGAGUGGAGCAGAGUCUCAAUUGGGGGAAUCUGGGUAUGGGAGUGGGGAGGGGAGGUACUGAUUUGGAUUGGCUACCUGUCUUCACUGUGUCACCAUGUUCGGAGUGCCUUCAGUUGCAAACUGAGCUGUGCUAGGGGAAAGAAAAUACUUGAACGUUCCUUCAUUGCUGCUGCCUCAAGAUUCAUCUGGGUUUUGGUUUGUUCCACCUUCUAAAAGAACUGUCAAAAGAGGCUGUGGAUUAUCCAUUGGCAAACCCUAGCUAAGUGCUAUCUUGUAUGAACUCUGAGUUAGCACUUGCAGCCUCUUGAAAAUGAAGGCAUCCUCAAGUGCACAAACAAUGCAACCCAAUUAAAUGUAAAUUUGUACAGAACAAUACAGGAACAAAGCUUGGUGUACAGAAGAUUGUAGUUUAUAAUGGUUUUACUUCUGUUUUUUUAAUUUAUUUCUAGGGUUUUUUUAAUGGAAUAUCCUAACUUUAGGGUCUUAUUUAUUUUAUUUAUGAAUCAUGUGGGUUCCCAGCCUACACUUCACUGCUACAGCUGCUGACCUGAAAUCCCCCUCACAUUGCUCCUCCUCUUCUCCCCUUUCCCAAAUCCCUUCCUCUAUUGGGUUCUUUUCUGCCUAUUCUGCUCUGUUUGAUGUCUUGCCACUGUAUGGAGUAGCUGACUUACAUCAGCCAUCUGUAAAUAUUUCCAGCUGUGGCUGUUCAGCCUCCUUGAAUGUUUGAGACAUGUUUCCACAGGUAUUGUUGGGAAGGGCAUAUGUAUAUAGUGCUCUCCUUAUUGAAAGUGGGGCAAGAUACCCUUGGAAUUCAACAUUUGUCAAGCUUGUAUAAGUUAUUUGGUUUGUAGUCUGCUGGUUUUGUUAAUAGCUAAUAUUGUACAGGGAAUUCAGAAAUGCUAUUUUUUUUAUACAUGCCAUUUUAAAUAAAAAUGAAAACUUGAUUUUAA